AUGAGAACCAUUAUGGUGUUAUUAACCCUUUUUACCUUGUUGUUGGUUAUUCAACUACCUUAUGUGGGGGCGCAGGUGCCGUCACAGUGUGAGGUUGGUCGCAUUAGCCUUAAGGAUGUUCAACCCUUUACCACAAAAACGGAUAUGUUUGGUGAAGAGGCUAAUAUGACUUUCCACUUCUGUGGUAAGGCGGGAGAGGAUAGCAUGUGUAAGGGUAUUGGUGUGGGAUAUAUUGAAGUCUCAACGGAUAUGCAAUGUGUGGAGUCCUUUGUGACGAUGGUGAAUCCACUGAACUUUAGCGUGGGAGGAAAUUCGACAUUCUUCACUGUUGCCAAUUCCAAUGGCACUUCCCUUUUCCGUGUGAACAUGGCGUGUGAUGAGGCUGGCGCUCCCGGUGUGGUGCGCUACGGCGGUGCGGGGCGUGUCGUCUCUGGCGAUGCCCCCAUGGACGACAGUGCCUUCUUUUCUUCCUCCUCGUCUUUCUCGUCUUCUUCUUCCUCAUCGUCUUCUUCUUCCUCCUCCUCUUCGGCUUCUUUUUCAAUGAUGAUGUUUGAGGCGAACUUCAGCUCCGUCGACGGGUGUCCGUCGCAGCGGUACUUCUGCAACUCGACGGACGACUGCGUGGGGGCGCUGUGCGUCGGCGGCGUCUGCGUGGACGCGUCGUGCGUGGCGCUGGCGGGCGUCGCGGCGGGCGGGGCGGCACCGGCGGUGUUCGUCGGGCGGGUGCGGGCGGCGGAUUGCGGGGGGCGGCCGCUGCGGGGCCUCCACCGGCCGAACAUUUCCGUGCGGCUCGACGGCGCCGACAUCGACGCCCCGCCGCUCGCCGCCACCGUCGAUUCCGUGCGCCAACCGGCAGGCAGCGGGGCGCUGCACAUCACAACUCUUCUCGUCCAGCAGCACUCGCAGGACCCCGCUGAGCUCCGGCAGCCACUGCACGAUCUUCUGGAGGCCAUUGAAGCCGAGCAGAACAGUCAGCACUAUAUCGCACUCGUCAUCUUGGACGGGUCUUCCCAUCCCAUCACCGUCCAGCCACACACAACCGAUCUUACAGUGAUAGACAAAGCGAUUGAAGGUCUUCCAGUAGCCACACCCGAUCCACAAUCAAGUAACCUAAAUGGCGGUAUAAUAUUCACGCUGGAAGCUACUUAUGGUUUGUGUUAUGCAUUUGAUAGCGAUUGUUACACCUCAAUUGUCAUCUUUUCUGACGGUUACGAUACAGCAGGACGCGUGACAGAGGCAGAAGCUAUUAGUAAGGCACAAGAUUUUGCCUCUAAAAAUGUUAGUAUAUUAGCAUUUGGAACAGACAACAGUUCAAAUUCAGUUUUUCUUCGACAGGUUGCAAACACUGGAUAUUUUGAUGAGAAUUCAGAAGAUUCUCCAAUGGGGGUUUUCCAGGAAAUGGCAAAGCUUAUCACUUCAGCUCAGAACAAUGUGUACGAUGUUUUGCUCUGUGUUCCUAACCGUAAAGGGAAUGUUACAGUAUCUAUAUCGCUGAAUCCACCUGAGACUUAUCCAAAUGUGAUUCCUUUUGAAUAUAUUCUUAAUACCGAUGGAUUUACAGGUGGGUGCAAUGAAUCUCUUCUUAAUGAUACCAUCGCUGGUCUUGAGGACGGAUCAGCUUCUAUUAUUGACUCUAAGUUUCUUUCACCUGGUGGACUCAUAAAUGAAACCGUAGACGCCUAUGGAAGUUUCUUCUUCCAUACCAACUGCAGUGAUGACGACUGUGUUGUGAGUGCAAGUACUAAUGUCACUAUAGAAUCUGAUGCCUUUACAGUGCUUGUACUUGCAGAACCUCGCUGUCUCUUAUCACCGUUUUGCUUUGAUGACAGUUUUAAUGAUACAUAUAUCCUGAAGAACAAUGCUUCAGUUAACUACCAAUUUAUGUUAUUGUCUAGUUUAGAUCACCCAGCAUCGUUUAAUGUUACUUCUCUUUCUGCAGGUCCGUGGACAGUUCCACCACCGUUUUUGAGCCGAAACCAGACGGGCAUAAGAGAUAUCUCUGGUGAGGCAGAUAAGGAUGCUAUUAUUAUAUUUUCUGUUUUUACCUUUUUACUACUUCUCUCUGUGUGUUUUUGUAUUUUUUUUCACGGCAAACGGAAACCAGAAAGCUCAAAUGGAAUGAGUAAAUCAUAUAAAGAAUUCUUAAAACCAGAAGGGCAUUACAAGGAUAAUUUGUCUCGAAUUGUGCUUGAUACACCUCCACUCCCACACCGGGAGCAAAUAGGAGAUGGGAGUAUGCAUCACCGCUUUGCGGGAUGA